AUGUUCAAUGGCAAUCCAAAACACGCAUUCCCUGAUUUCAUACCGAUCGUCCCUACAGAAAACAUCUUAAAGUGUCAUUUCCUGAUUCAAUUUUAUCAUGUUGAAGAAAAUUCUAAGAUCAAAGAGAAAGCGAUCGAUACAGCAGUUAUUCCAUUAAGUUGCAUCUCAGGUAAUAACAAUACAUCUGUAGAAGUCGAGCUUUUCGCAGAAGCAGGCAAAGUUUCUAAAGAUGCCAAUGUAACUCUGCAAACACCAAAGAAAUCAGAAGGUUUGUCAUUACAGAUCACUAUCCCUCCAUUCUACUUCCCUCCUCAAAACAUGGCUACGGCAUUGACUGAUAAUUUCGAUAUUCCAAGUUUGUCUGGAAUUGACGAGUCAUAUGCUGAUCUUUACAUCAUCCCUCUUUUCUGCCGACUUAUUAAGAAGCGCGAUUCUAAAGUUCUCCCAACAUUGGUUCAAUUAUUGAUCACAUUUGGCGAUGGCGGUAGAACAUCACUUCGAAAGUGGUUGUUCAAUCAUUUCGAUCCACAAACAAUUG